UGGACCCUCGUCCAUACUCUCUAUUUCGUCCUCAUUCUAAUCUAUUUCUAUAUUACCCACUUUCCAUUUCCCUUACCUCUCUUUCAAAAAUAAUUAAUUAACAAUAAUACCCUGUUGUUGAUGCUGUCCGAAACCACAUCCAUUGUGGAUUCUUGUCUCGGCUACAAAUAUUAUUAUUAAAAACUCUAACCCACCACAUCUUGUUACAUAAGAACACUGCACUCUCUUUGGUUUUUUAUUGUUCAAGCUACAACAUCAACCUUUUUGAUGGCUCUGAAUUUGUAUUCUCCAGCUGAACUUAAGUCUGGUUUUUUCACUGACCCCCUCAAGUCUAACCGCUUCACUCCUAAAUUCCCAGGUGGUGUUGCUUUGAAAAGAAAAGAAAAUGGAACAGCAUCAGGAACAAGAGUUUACUGUUCAGUGCAGUCAACAUCAGGACCACCACCAGCAUGGCCAGGACGAGCAAUCCCAGAAUUAGGUAACAAGACUUGGGAAGGCCCUAAACCCAUUUCCAUUGUGGGGUGUACUGGUUCAAUUGGAACUCAGACACUAGAUAUUGUCGCUGAGAAUCCAGAUAAGUUUAGAGUUGUCGCACUUGCAGCUGGUUCAAACAUUACUCUUCUUGUAGAUCAGGUUAAAAGAUUUAAGCCACAACUCGUUGCUGUUAGAAACGAGUCUCUACUUGCUGAACUUCAAGAAGCGUUAAAAGAUGUUGAAGAAAAACCUGAGAUCAUCCCGGGAGAACAAGGCGUCAUUGAGGUUGCACGUCACCCGGAUGCAGUCACUGUUGUCACGGGAAUAGUAGGCUGUGCAGGACUAAAGCCAACAGUUGCGGCCAUAGAAGCUGGAAAAGACAUAGCUUUGGCCAAUAAAGAGACACUAAUUGCCGGAGGUCCUUUUGUCCUUCCUCUUGCCCGGAAGCAUAAUGUAAAAAUACUUCCUGCUGAUUCCGAACAUUCUGCUAUUUUUCAGUGUAUCCAGGGGUUAACAGAGGGUGCACUUAGGCGAGUCAUUCUAACUGCAUCCGGAGGUGCUUUUAGGGAUUGGCCUGUUGAGAAACUGAAAGAUGUUAAAGUUGCCGAUGCAUUAAAACAUCCCAACUGGAGUAUGGGGAAAAAGAUAACCGUGGACUCUGCUACACUUUUUAACAAGGGUCUAGAAGUGAUUGAAGCACAUUACUUAUUUGGAGCUGAUUAUGAUGAUAUUGACAUUGUCAUUCAUCCACAAUCAAUCAUACAUUCAAUGAUUGAAACACAGGAUUCAUCUGUUCUUGCACAAUUGGGGUGGCCUGAUAUGCGUUUGCCAAUCCUUUAUACAUUAUCAUGGCCUGACAGAGUUUAUUGUUCUGAAGUCACUUGGCCUCGGCUUGAUCUUUGCAAGCUUGGUUCCCUUACUUUUAAAGCUCCUGACAACAUUAAGUAUCCAUCCAUGAAUCUUGCCUAUGCUGCUGGCCGCGCUGGAGGCACCAUGACAGGUGUUCUUAGUGCAGCAAAUGAGAAAGCUGUAGAGAUGUUUAUUGAUGAAAAGAUUAGCUAUUUGGAUAUUUUCAAGGUUGUGGAGCUAACAUGUCAGAAGCAUCAAGAUGAAUUGUUGACCUCACCUUCCCUUGAGGAAAUUAUUCACUAUGACUUGUGGGCACGAGAAUAUGCUGCUAGUUUGCAAAGCUCUUCAAGCUUCACUCCUGUUCUAGCAUGAGACUGAUCACUGAUUUAAGAAGAAUUAGUGGUUGUGGUGUGGCCCGAUUCCUACCAGCUGCUAGUGUUAGCAUUUUUCUCCUUAAUUUCUUUGGCCAUUGAACAAUUGUAUACAAUUUAGCAUGGUGUAUUCCCCAGAUUUUGAAAGAUAAGGGUUUUAUUAAUGGAAUAUUUAUCUUACACCACAAUUUCGUUGAUCUUAUAGUUUUGUCAUAACUUCAAUGAAUAAUAAUUCGUCUGUCUUUUAACCGACAAUAUGAGCCUAGGCAUAGCAGAUUUGGCCAUUGAUGCUCAAGGCC